UUCACUCCCUCCAUUCUUCUUAAUUCUCUUACAAACCCCCCAAAUGUUUUCUUCUUCAUCCUCCAUUUCUCAUUGCAGAAGCAUUUCUCGUUUUCUGCAAGACAGUAAUGACCCUUCCUCGUACUCUCCGAAGCCUCUCUCUCUCCACUUCUCCCAUCUCAGAUGUCAGGAGAUUGGGUCGCUGUCGAUGAACGGCUGCGAUUCGAGCGGAGGCCACGUCGGCACGGUGGAGACGCGGACUUUCUCCGCCGUGCCGACGCUCGGCGCGGCGGCGCGCCGCCUCGCCGCCGCCGUGCGCGAUCUGAAGGGGGGGCCGCCGCCGGUGGAGUCCGGGAUUAUUCGCGUCGAGGUUCCAAUUGAGGAGCAGAUCGAGUCGUUGGCAUGGCUUCAAUCGCAGAGCCACAGCGGUGUUCUUCCUCGCUGCUAUUUCUCGGGGAGGGAUUCGAGGACUGUUCCGCUGAUUGAUCGCAUCGACGGAAAUGGAAACGCUUGCGAAAAUGGCAAUGACAAUGAUAAUGAUAAUUAUCGCCGCAGAAAAUUGGUCAGUGUUGCCGGAUUGGGUGCUGCAGUCUCCUUCAGCCAUCUCCGCCCUUUCUCCUUGGGAGAUUGGCAUUCGAUCAAGAGAUUUUUAUCGAAAACUUCUCCAUUAAUUCGUGCUUAUGGCGCAAUGCGUUUUGAUCCAAAGUCGGAUGUGGCUCCGGAGUGGAUGGAAUUUGGAUCCUUUUAUUUCAUGGUCCCUCAGGUUGAGUUUGAUGAGUUCAAAGGAAGUUCGAUGAUUGCUGUGACCAUUGCAUGGGACAAUAGUCUCUCGCAAACCUACGGGCAAGCAAUUGCCACACUCGAAGAAACACUCUGGCAGGUUUCAACAUCCGUCCAAAGAAUAAAUGGCAAUUCUCGUCCAACUCUUUUACUCCACCAGACUCAUGUUCCUGACAAAGCAUCAUGGGAUUCAGCUGUUAAGCGUGCUUUGGAUUUGAUGACCCGGAAAAAUGCGACGCUUGUUAAGGUUGUUCUUGCGCGUAGCAGCAGAAUACUGAGUGAUGUGGAGAUCGACCCUUUAGAAUGGUUGACAAGCUUGCAGGUUGAAGGAGCUAAUGCAUAUCAGUUUUGUCUUCAGCCUCCGGCAUCACCUGCAUUCAUUGGAAACACUCCGGAACAGCUCUUCUAUCGACACCAACUUAGCAUUUUUAGCGAGGCAUUGGCUGCAACCCGAGCUAGAAGUGACAAUCCAUCGUUAGAUUUACAGAUGGGGCUUGAUUUGCUUACCAGUACUAAAGACCACAAUGAGUUUGCUGUCGUAAGAGACACUAUAAGACGAAAGUUUGAGAAUGUCUGUUCUGGCACAAUAGUCGAACCAAGCAAAGCUCUACGAAAACUUCCCCGCAUCCAACAUCUUUAUGCUAAACUGGCUGGUGCACUUGAGCAAGAAGAUGAUGAGUUUAAGAUUUUAUCUUCCCUUCACCCUACUCCUGCAGUUUGUGGGCUUCCCACCGAAGAGGCACACUCAUUAAUAUCCGAAACCGAAAUGUUUGAUCGGGGAAUGUAUGCUGGUCCCGUCGGGUGGUUUGGCGGCGCAGAGAGUGAAUUUGCUGUUGGAAUAAGAUCGGCAUUGGUUGGGAAGGACAUUGGCGCCGUGCUGUAUGCUGGAACCGGGAUAGUAGACGGGAGCAACCCUUCUCUUGAAUGGCAAGAACUGGAGCUUAAGACAUCCCAGUUCACUAAACUUAUGAAGCAGGAUGCGCCACCUCUUGUCUCGACGAGGGAGACUGUCGAACUAUAAAUAUACAGGUCAGUCAAUGUCUCCAAAUAUUUCUUCAGCCGAAUCCUCUUAGCUGCCAUUAUUUCUGAAGUACCGGCUUCGCUGCUAUAGAUUCUUCGAUAAUUUUUCUGCCAUUAUUUGAUCAAAUUGUGGAAAAAUGCACACAGAGAGAGAUAGAGAGAGAAUGAAGGAGGGGUUUUCUUGAGAUUGAAUACAAAUAAAUUUGUACAUUCUUUAUCAGUCAAUAAAAUCCAUUUUAUGUUAUCCCUUUUGUUCUGUUAUGCUUCUACACAAUGGAAAAUCGAAAUCGCACAAAAAGUCUCGAUUUUUAGUUGCUCCAUAUAUCUUCUUGACAUAGAAAAAUAUGGUCCAUUGUUGAGAAAUCUCAUUCAUUUAUUAGAGCAUCACUUCAGCUAAAUUGUCCAUUGAACUUUAACUUAGGCCAGUUGAUGGAUCGAUAUAUCUGUGCAUAGUUGUGUAUAGUACACAUACUUUUUGGGGGAUAAAAUUGUAAUUGUCGAAGAAAUCUAAGGCCGUGUUUGUUUGAUGGUUUUAUUGUGAGUAGAAAUUCUUUAUAUACUCUCUUUAGUCCACAAGCAAAGCAAAGAAUAAGAUGUUUUCCCUUAUGUUACAAAAUCCCGGAACUGAAGUAAGAACAAACAUAGUUGUGAUCAUUUAAGCAAAGCUAAUUAGACGAAUACAUAUAUGUAUGUAUAUGUAUAUGUAUAUAUUCUUGUCCUGUUCAUAACAAGAGCAGAAUCUCCAUUGGAGAAAAAACUCGGAAAUGGAUGAUAACCCUGUAGAAGACUAUAGAAAGGACAUUAUGAACUUGGAGCAUUUGGUUCCUUCUUCGUGGUGGGUUCCCGACAGUGAUCCGUAUUGCUUGGCUAUACAUCUUCCAGGGUUUGAGAACUACGAUGUAAGGAUAAAAGACGGCGGCGACGGCCAUAUCAUAGUAAGUGGAAAUAAGGAGGACACGACCAGUGCUACCUUGAUCUGUUUCGAGCAAUCUUUUAAGAUACCCGAGGAUUCGAACAUAGAGGAAGCCAGUGGAACCUUUGAGGACGACGAUGUCUUUUACAUAACCAUUCCUAAAAAGUUACUACCAGGAAAAGAAGAUUGUCAUAAUUCAGGCGACGAGCGAUGUGAACGUCAGAAUAGCAGUCAAGAAAUCGAAAGAUUGUCCAAAAAAGAGGAAGAAGAGGGCAAUGUAGUGAAGAAAAUGCUGCGGCUGGUAAUGAAAAACCGAACCACAGUUCUUACUGGCGUUGUCGCAUUCUGGCUAGGAUUUUUCGUGUCUUCUCAUUACAAGAACGACAGAAAAGGUGAAAGCAAGACGUCUCGACCGAGAAUCUCUGUAAAGAUCGAGCAUCAGCACAACGACGACUUUUCAUCCUAAGAGGAUCAGAUUCUGAAGUUAAAUUCAAUCCACUCGGAAAGAAGAAGAACCUUAUCCAGUUUUAUGUAACAUUGUUCAGACAAAUUAUCGAGCUGACAAAAAGCCCGGCGGAGCGCAGUUUCGACAGAGUCGAUAAAGAAGAUGCCUUUGUGCAAGGAAUGGUUAUCUUUAUGGAAAAAAAAUUGGAGGAAAGUUUUGGCAAAAAGGAGAAAGGAAUCGUGUGCUUGUAAGAUCAAUCUGGAAUGGAAUUUAAAGGUUCUUGAGAAUUUGAUGAUAUGAGAACACUGUAAGAAACAAGCUAACCGGAAAAGAAUAUAUGCUGUGUUCUACUUUUGAGUCGAAAGGAAAGAACAAUGUAAUGAAAAAAAGCAUGGGAUAUAAUUCACACAUAA